GUUCAUUCCCAAUAUUGUUUAUAUUUUAUAUCAUGAAGUCACGGCAAUCUUUUAAGACAUUAGUUGUGUGUUGGAUUAAGUAAUUUUAUCAAUAAUUCCAAUAAACAUGAAAACAUGUGUUUUCGGCUGUAGACCCAUUUCACCUAAAAUAUAUCCGUUUUCUGUGCACAUUACAGAAUAAUUAACAAAUCGCAAUUAUUUUGAAAACCGUCAAGCGUAGACCUCAAUAUUCCUUAAUAAAACUGAAAGAGAAUUUAAUUCAAGCGAUUUAUCAUUAGAUACAUACGUAUUGAUGUGUACAGAAAUUUCUUUCUAUAAAGAUUUGGUUUGUUUACGUUAUACGGUGGCCUACCGUUGUUAAAAUACUGUUCGCACCAUGCGGAGUUUCCGUUAUGCGAUGUUCACACUGUCGAGUCUCUACUGUGUCAAAAAGAAAAAAAAAUUAACAAAUGUGCGAAUCGAUUUUAAAAACUUACUUGAAGUUUUAUUGACAUUUUCGGAACAUUUUGUAUACACAAAAAGAAAGAGAAAAUAGAAGAACAAAAGAAAACACAAAAGGUGCUGGUUGACGAUAUGAGAAAUUGACUAACAGGUAUUGUUCUUGUCCCUUCCAGCGUUUAUGCUGUGCUACACGCAGGAAGAUGCCGCAUCCGAAGGUGAAAUAUUAUAUCGAGUUGAGCUCCCGUACAUGGAAGAGAUUACGUUAAUUUACUUGGAGAAUAACGACGAUAGUAAUGAGGAAAAUGUACUAUCAUACGAACCCGUUCAGCAGAUGGAGAUCACUUAUACAAGGCCGGUGAUCGUUUUGGGUCCUCUCAAAGACCGCAUCAACGACGAUCUUAUUUCGGAAUUUCCCGAUAAAUUUGGAAGCUGCGUACCACAUACCACCCGGCCAAAAAGGGAAUAUGAAGUCGACGGUCGAGACUACCACUUCGUUUCUUCUCGAGAGCAAAUGGAGAAAGAUAUCCAAAAUCACCUGUUCAUCGAAGCAGGGCAGUAUAACGACAAUUUGUAUGGAACGUCGGUGGCGUCUGUUCGAGAGGUAGCCGAAAAGGGAAAGCACUGCAUCUUAGAUGUAAGUGGAAAUGCCAUUAAAAGGCUACAAGUGGCUCAACUAUAUCCAAUUGCGAUUUUCAUAAAGCCAAAAUCUGUGGAAUCCAUUAUGGAAAUGAAUAAGAGAAUGACUGAGGAACAAGCUAAGAAAACUUACGAGAGAGCACUAAAAAUGGAGCAAGAGUUUGGGGAAUAUUUCACAGCGGUCGUACAAGGCGACACACCUGAAGAAAUUUAUGGGAAAGUAAAAGAGGUGAUCGAGGAACAAUCUGGACCAACGAUAUGGGUUCCAGCAAAGGAACAACUAUGACGGCCGGUGUCACCUGUAUGGACAGUACCGACGCGCUCUUCCUCUAUCUCCCAUCAUCACCUACAUUGAAUUGAGAGGAGAGAUCGAGGGCCACCCCCGUUUCCGACUAAAAGACAUCUUCGGCAGCAUUAUUAAGUACAUAAAGAAAGGACACAGUUGGUGAUGCCGCUCCAUCAUCAUUUUGUAGUAAAGAAAAAAAAAUGAAAAUGCUUGUUACGUACGACCAAGUCAUCGUUUUCGUCGUUGUUGUUAUUAUUAUUAUUAUUAUUGUCGUUGCCUCCUCAGCCAGUUGCCGAACUGUGUUCCUCCAAAUAUAGUCCCCAACCCCCUUUCGACCCGUCUGAAUGAGCCACAAUUGAACAGGAAAUAAUAAUAAUAUAAUAUAAAGAAUUGUUGACUUCUCUAGCGUCGUGAUGUUUUUUUGUAAGUUUGUUUUUGACGAAUAAUUGAUUAUGAAAAAAUAGCACGAAUUGUCGCAGACUACGUGACUCGAGUUAAAUAGGAUAUUGAAAAGAAUUAUAUACUUAAACGUAUUGUGUAGGUAAUUUUAAUGAUGCAAAAAAUGAUAAAUAAUUAAAUGAAAAAAAACCUUUUCAGCUUAGGACUCUUCGUAACGUUGUAAAUAUACACAGUUACUUAUUA